AGCCAGCCAGUUUUGAAGUGAACGUUGAGACGCUGAGGUGUACGCGUAACUAAGCUUUCCGUUCGUCGCACCGACGUUAUUUUACCAAGCAGGUCUUCCUGCUGAAUUGGCACCGACACAGUUGUCCCCUUCUCUUUGUGCCCAGAAGAAACAGUGUUGCAAUCCUACUGCAUCAUAUUGAGUAUGUGAUUUCUGUCUCUUGAUGUGAAAAAGUAAUUGAAUGACGAAGUGAAUCGAAGUAUGGAGUAAAGUGGAGUUCGAUCGACAUAGCACUAGAGAGUGAAUAGAAUUUGAUGAAUAAAUAUUAUAUGUACAGUAGCGUAGUGAAUAGCCCGAGGUAAACAUACACCAAAAUGCAUGGAAGAGGAAAUCGAUUAUGUGCUAAGCUAUCCAGCGCAUUCCUGAGGAAGUGGUGGUUUGUGAUAGCAUUUGCCUUGGGCUUGCUGGUACUCGGAGUUCUAGUCACAUUCGGAUUUACCACAUUAGUUAGAGCAGUAAUUAAUCAUCAAGUAGCACUAAGGAAAGGAGGACAAUCAUUUGGAUGGUGGUCAAAACCACCUGUGGAACCAAUUAUACGAAUAUUCGUGUAUAAUGUCACCAACGCGGAUGAGUUCUUGAACAACGGUACAAAACCAGUUCUAGACGAGCUGGGCCCUUACGUAUACGUGCAAACGUGGGAAAAAGUUAACAUAGUUGAAAAUCCUAAUGGCACAAUCAGCUACAACCAGAAAAGGGUAUACAUCUUCGAUGAGGAGCAGUCAGAAGGUACAGAAGAUGAUGUAGUGAUAGUACCCAAUAUUCCAAUGCUCAGUGCCACAUCGCAAAGCAAACAUGCUGCAAGGUUCUUACGGCUUGCAAUGGCAAGCAUUAUGGAUAUUUUAAAAAUAAAACCAUUUGUUGAAGUUUCGGUGGGGCAACUUUUGUGGGGCUACGAAGACCCUCUUCUAAAACUCGCCAAAGACGUUGUGCCGAAAGAACAAAAAUUACCAUACGAAGAAUUUGGUCUUAUGUACGGUAAAAAUAGUACAUCAAAGGACAGGGUAACUAUUUGGUCUGGCGUUGACGAUAUUACUAAGUAUGGUAUAAUUGAUAAAUACAACGGUAGAUCUCAUCAGACUCACUGGAGCACUGAACAAUGCAACCGUCUGAACGGCACGGAUGGGUCAAUCUUUCCGCCACACAUUACGAAAAACUCGACAUUACACGUUUAUGAGAAAGAUCUUUGCCGACUAUUACCACUAUCUUUUGAGAAAGAGGUGACCGUUAGAAACGGCGUCCAAGGAUAUCGCUUCAGCCCUGCACCCGAUGUAUUUGCAUCAGUGGACAUCAAUAAGGACAACAUGUGCUAUUGUCCUGCUGGGCCACCAUGCGCGCCUAAUGGGAUGUUCAAUGUUUCACUAUGUCAAUACGAUUCCCCUAUUUUACUGAGUUUUCCUCAUUUCUAUUUGGCCGACCAAUCUUUGCGAACAGCAGUGGAAGGAAUCUCGCCUCCCGAGAAGGAGAAGCAUCAAUUGUUUAUCGAUGUCCAACCGGAAAUGGGUACAGCGCUACGAGCAAGAGCCAGAAUACAGAUUAACCUUGCUGUUAGUCAAGUGGUGGACAUCAAGCAGGUAGCCAAUUUUCCAGACAUCGUUUUUCCUAUUUUGUGGUUUGAAGAAGGCAUCGACUCCCUGCCGGACCACAUACUUGAUUUGAUGAAAGUGGCUACCACCGUACCAGCAAAAGCCAAAUUUGUGCUCACGAUUGCUUUGUUUGCUAUUGGAGGCUUCCUUUUAGUGAUAGCGGUGUUUUGCCUUGUACGGAAGUCACAUCGUCAGAGCACGCUCCAUCUAGAAGGUUCCAACUACCUUGCGACAGCUUCAAUAGAUCAAGCCAAAAAGAAAGCAAAACUUGAAAACGGAAGUCACACAAACUGAGAUCAUUCUAUUAACCUUAUUUGUGAUUUUGAUAUAAUUCAAAGGUGUCCAUAUAGAACGGAACGCACAAAUAUUUAUUUCUAGGAACACACCGCUGUUCGGCAGGAAAGUGUCGCUUCAUAUGUUUGCUCAAUUUAGAAAAUUAAAACGAUUUUUAUACUGGUUUCAGUGCCUUUAAUAGGAUAAAGUAACUGUAGCCUACUGCAAAUCAGGGAUCAUUCACAAAUCGCAUACAGGGGUUACGUUUAUCGAUCUUUUAUUAUUGUAAUUUUUUUUCUAACAUGAAUCUGAAAAAAAAAUGUACCUCUAUACAAUUUGUGUAUGACUCCUCAGCACAGUACCUUCGCAAUAAGUAUGUAAAAAAUGGAGGAAUUAGAAUGCAUGAACGAGAUGUUCUUAACGUUUGGCGCAAAAUUGGAUAAUGCUCAUGUGAAUCCUUAAAGUAAAACAGUUCAGACAAUGGGGAUAAUACAGUAUAAAGAAAGAAUGUCGCUGGUGUUCUAUUUGUUCUCAUUCGCAAACAUGUUUGUUACAUUUUUAUCGAAAUUUUUUAUUAUUAUUUUACAUUGUCAUUUACUGACGCUAUAUGCAUAUCCAUUUACACAGGAGUCCCAGCAAUGAGAAUAGAUAGUUUCAAUUUUCAUUGGAGUCCCAGCAAACAUAGUACAAGCACAGACAAACAGACGUGAAGCGGUUUAAAUUACCAUCGACCUUGAGCUCAACGGUCGUCUUAAAUUCAAAUAUUUUCGCGUUUCACAUCCGCAUCGUAUACCUUUAUGAUUUGGCCCGGUAAGGCAUAUAGGACGGCAGUUUUUAAAUACUUAUUAAAACAUUAAAACACAUUUUGUCCGAGAACAGAUUGAUUUUUUGGGAUAGAAAUUUGAUUUACUUUGAUUAGAAAAAACGAAAGAUGAAUUAUUUUGAUGGUGUUGGUGAAGUAACUGAGCGUUAGAUUUUAAAGUGAAUUGAUCUAACUGUUACGUCUGUUUGUCUGUGAUAUAAGGGUGUGUUUAGCGGCAGCCUAUCGAAACAAAUAACAAAAGUGCUGCAGGUAACGACAACGACAAUCCUUCUCUAUUGUUUAUGGCUGCUUUUGAUCAAUUUAGUUGAGCGAAUCAAUUUAAUUGAGCGACUAAAAUCACAAUUGAGCAUAUGUUUUGAUGCUCCCUUUACUAAUUGAUUAGAAUAUUUAUGCCAAAUUUAAAGUCACGUACGAUAACAAGUGUGUAGAGUGGAUGGUCAUAUGCUUACAUGGCCCAUUUGACUGAAUGCAAGAUAUACGUAAUGGCCCCACGCUACAUAGCUGUUCGCUGUCAUUAUUUGGAAUGACAAAUUCAUCGAUGUUCAACUGGUUUUAAACACGAAAAGCAAUAAAUAUAUGACACAUAAUUUUAUGGUGAAGAAUCUCAGAAUUUUAAAUUGUAAAAUGUGCUGAGUACCUUUCUGAAUCAUAUACAUAAUUGGGUGACAUGUAUUUGUAUUCAGAACUUCUUAUGAAUAUAUAAAACAAAAUGCAACCAUUUGUACUUCGAAGUUUGUACCUGUAAAAUUAUGUUUACAUUAACCUUGACCACAGAAAACAGAUAUUUAGGCUAGAACAAAUUUAAAUGGAAAUCUUGUGUAAACUUUUGUAUUGAUAUACGUUGACUACCAUCUACCAUACUACCAUCUACUCAACUGAUUGCGUAAGUACAUACGGACGCAACUGAUUAGCAGCCGUCGAACACAACUAAUACGUUUGACAGUCUUAUUUGAACUACGUUUUACAUAGAAAAAAUCGUCGUGCCAUCUCCAAACGAUUGUCAAUUUCUUUCCAAAUGUUCGAUGCAUUUGAAUCAACCUUCGCGGAUGUUUACACACGUAUCGGAUACCAGCCUAAAUAUCUGUUAUCUGUAACUUGCAUAGAUUAAGAAGCGAGAUGGAACGUAUCGCUCAGACACACAUCCGAAACGGUUGAAAUAAUUUACCAUAAUGUUAAAAUUUCAGGUGGUUUUAGGUCUGGUUUUUUGUACUUAUAAUUCAGGUUUGCGUAUAAUUCAGUAAAUACAUUAAAAACUAACAUGAACUUCUCUUUUGAGAGUCAGGGUGGAAUCGAUUAUCAAGAUCAUUUUUCUGUUAUUUUUUACUAUAAAGUAUGUUUGAAGUUUAAGGGUGCGGUCAGAGUAGACGCGAAGUGCGAAGCCUCCAUAAGAUUUUACAGCUCCUUAUUAUUGAUUGUUAUUCCUUUGCGUGCAGUUUUCGCGCGACAUCGCGUUGACGCGUCUACUCUGGCAGGCCCUGAUUCGACAAUAAAUAGGACUUCUAAUUUCAGUUCUUCGGGCUGUCGUAAUCUGAUCUGUACAAUUUCACGCAUUGUAAAUCGAUAAUCAUAUUAAUACCGAAUUCGAAAACAACGAAAAUCUGAACGAAAAUAUGGCAAAGCAAAUUAUAUAAUGUUCCUCAAAGUAAUAAACAAAAAAGAUCACGCUAUCGGUGCUGUUUAAGCCAAUGAGUUGUGCGAACAAGGCUUAAACACUAACGGUAACCAAUAACUAAACUAAUUAAAAUUGGCGCUUUUCCGUUUAUUUUAGAAAUAAAACCUAAAAAUAAUACACGAUUUCAAAGAUAUCUACAUAAAUUAAACUUCGACUUUUGGUUUUUCAUUAAAAAAAAUUAAGCUGGAAAUAAACUAAAAGUAUAGUUUCCAAUUUAAACAUAUUAAAUUGGAGAAAAAAAACCGUGGGUGGUUCUAUACUAUAGUGAUCGUUUUUGUAUAUAAUUGAUUAGCCCAUUUUAUGCUUACAUAUUUCGAUUCAGUAAAAACAAAGAAUCUUCCAUCUUUGGAGCCAUGCUCAAAAUACGUCACGCUUCCUGGGGGGAGGGGGUUCCGAGCAGCGAGACAAUUCAUACAAACAUUAUAGAGGUUUAAUACUAAAAGUGUUACAAAGGGAGGAGGGGAUGGUUGAAAAAUUUUUUUCACUUAUAAUGCGUUUUCUGACUAGGACUCUUCACCAAAAAAUGUAACGUACCUUGAUUUGACUAAUUCUACGUAAAACCAAAUUUUUUAAAAUCUUUUUAUAUUUUUGUUGUUGUCUGUUUUCCCGCUUGCCGGGCAGUGGCAACUAUAUUGCCACCAAUGUUGUCCCGCUUCGCGGGCAGUGGCAACUAUAUUGCCACCAAAGUUUUACCGCUUCGCGGGCAGUGGCAACUAUAUUGCCACCAAUUUUUCAAUGUUUCUGAACUGUUUAAUGUAUAACAAACAUACAUUUGAGUUUAAUACCAUGUCAAUAUUGUGUCCUAUUGUUGUUUUUGUUAAUUUAUUGUUUAAAUUCGUCUGCCUUAUAAAGGGUUAAGACUUAGCUUGGGUUCUAUAUAUUUUUUUUUCGCCGAAGGCCAAAUUAGGAACUUGAGUUCCCAAAAUCGACACACUCCCCCUUGGUGUGAAAACGCUUUGUAUCACACAAAAUUCUGUUUUACACGACAUUUUUCGGUCGCUUUUUGGCUUGUGUGACUUCAAUUUCCCGAGAAAAAUAAAAUAUUUCAAUAAUAGGGGAGGAGGUUCGGUUGUGUGCACCCUUUUUUGUUUGGUCCAUAACUUUGGCCCUGGUUGAUCUUAUGCCGACAUUUGCAUAGCAAUGGAAAGCUAAACGUAUAACCUUUCUACUAGCAAAGAAAUUAAUAUGAUUUCAUCGAUUAGGAAAAAAAUUUGUCUUUUUUGGACAUUUUCAUUUGUUGUGGGCUGGGUUGUGGGUACCCUUAAAAACUUAGCUAAAAAUAAAGAAACAUGAAUAAAAACCACCCAAAAGGCAAGGAAUAGUUUAUUCAGGAGACACUAAAAAAACCAAAAUCAAUUCACCUAGCAGUGAUGAUGCCUCCCUCGGUGCAUUAAGGAGGAUGUUGAAAAAAAAUCACAUAAGAAAGGUCUAAAAUAGCACUUUAGGUAAAUGGGCUUCAUUUUUUCACUGAUUUACGUUUUAUUGGUAUGCAUCACAGUCAAAAAAAUCGUGAUUAAUCACCCUAGCGGAAAUAUUGCCUUUCUUGUUCAUUACAAAAAAAAAUCAUAUUUUGGUCAUACAUUUUGAUCCCAUAGUCCGAUCUGAUCAAUUUCCAAUAGGAAACAAUGGGAAAGCAUUCCCCGUCGAAUGCAACUUGUUGCAAGCAAAUCGGUCAACGCUUUGUUCCAAAAAGUGUGUGUUUAAUAACUAGACAUGCCAAAAGAACAAAAAUAAUAAAUAAAUUCAUUAUUUCGAACAAUUAUGUCAAAAUAAUUAUAAAAAAUAUUUAUGCAUUUUUGCACGUUAUAAAAAAAAGUUAAGGGACAACUUAAACGAUAUUGAAUGAUUUAUCCAGGGCUGACAAUCGUCAUCGUCAUAGCACGAAAUGCCACAGUAGCGACGAGUUGCAUUGUCUUCAUUGCUACUCCACACAUCGUCAAUGACGCGCACGACGUUAGCUUUCGUUGUAUAACCAAAUCGUCCUGACGACAUCGAAGAACAAAGACUUCAUACCGUUAUUCUUCAAGCGGCAGCUGCCAUGCGAAGAUUUUUACUAAUUAUUUGUAAUAAUGAAUUUGAAGCAACGUAUGAAAGCGUUAUGAAUGUUAUCGAUACAUUUAUGUUACCAAAUUUCCUACUAUUUGUUUAUUUGAGACGCUAUCAUGUUUUUAACCAGUCCGUCUAUAAUGACGUGCAAUCAAUUGUGUGAAGAAGUGACGACGAAAAUCGUCAUAACUUUUGGCUGCGCGACUAUCGUCGUGGUACGCAUGCGGCGCGAAGAAAACGAAUAGGUGUUGCGUCGUGCAAUGUUAUGACGAAGACUAAAUUUUUUUCGCUUUCUUCAUACGACGAGAAUGACUAUUGUCAGCCCUGGAUUUAUCAAUAAAAUGAGGGUGCCCAUAACCGAACUAAUAAGGCUGCCCACAACCGAAUUUCGCAGCCUUUUUGGAAUAUGAAGAAAAAAAAUUUCACGGUAUUAAAAUAUCUGAGUUUGUUAUUUUGCAUAUUGUUCAGGGGAAAGUGGGGAAAGACGGCCAUUCUAAACGGUAAUCCUUGUAGAAUAAUGAAACUGCUUCGAAUUCUACUGAUUUGUCCACGAAACACAUUUAUGAUGACAUGCCUUUGUAUCAAUAAACAUUGAUUAAUGACGUUCGAGUAUCUUAUAAACUGGUUUUAAAAAAUGUGUUUUUAUGAUGCCUAUGUUUAUCAUAUGAGGCGAAUUGGCCACCCCCUCGGGGCAAGACGAGCGAGGACCAAAAACUAGAUUUAAAGUGUGCUGAAUUUAUUUAGAACGGGUGACACAUUCCUUGCACUUCUAGGGAUUAUGUUCAAAUGAUGUUUUGUCGUAUUCCGUAUUGGUUUAUGACUUCUGGCUCUACGACAAUAUUUGAAAUUUGCAUAAAGCUAAUUUUUACGAUUAAAACCAAAUCCGUUGUUUGAAUCAUCUCUGAUUUAGGCAGAAACUAUUUUGAUGAUUUUUGAAAUGCAUUUAAGGGUGAGUUCAAGGCGACUAUUAAUCCUGGAGAUGUCCUUGUUCCUAAUACAGUUGGCAAUACCACCCCAAGUCGAUAUAUCCAAAGAUGUAUAUCCUAUCGAUCAUAAUUACUGUGAAUCUUCUCAAAUUAUUAAUGUAGAUAGGCUAUAGUUAUAUUAUAGGCCUUGGUAAAUAUCAAUUUGUGCUAAAAAUUUGUAAUUUUGGCUUUAAACUUUAAAUUAUCCAAAUAUAAAAUUUAAAUAAAAUUCUAAUUUCAACUGAACCAUCUGAAAACCAAUAUUCCAAGAACAAGUAAAGUUGUCAAAGUGCAUUUUUCAGAUGUAUAGCCUUUUUACAUUAUUGUUAACAAUCCCUUGUAAUAAUAAUGUGAAUAUAAUGCUCACUUAAGUCAUAAUCAACGUUUUCUUUCUUGCCACAUAUGACGAUCUUACCCCACUUUCCCCUAUUGGUAUUUUUUUUGUAUUUCACCUCUAAUGCACAUUAAGUCGGGACUUCCGAACCAGGAGGGUGAAACGCCUGUCAUCCGCGGUACAAUGGCACUCUACCCAACAUCGUUUUUGGUACUUCUGUUUUUGGUACCCAGUUUCUGGGUAGUAUACCCGAAUUCAGCGCUCGUUUUGGGUGAUUGGUUCGUACGCAGUUAGUGCUAAUUAUCGGCAAAUAACUUCUCCUGGCGAAAACUUGCAAUUAGUUGAGGUACAUCAAGCGUUUUGUGUUUGUAUGGCUUCUUUAUGUCGAAAAAUAGCUCGUCGAUACUUCCGAAGUUUUGUUAUCAUGAAUUAAACCAAAUUAAAACAAAAACAUUGUACGCCAUAUUGAAUGAAUGGAGGGUAGGCGAAUUAGCCUACUCUUCAGUCCCCUGUUCCGAACCGAACUUUCCUCCGAAGUUUUAUCUGUCAAACUAGUUAAUGCGUUGUUUAGCGCAUCUUUAAGCGAAUCCAGCGCACUACUUCCGAAGUUGGGAAAGUUGCCUGUAUCUGGAGAAAAUUCCAACUUCAGUAUAAAAAGAGGUAUAAAUUUGUUCCGGAUAGACAAUAUUAUCAAGGUCGUCGCUCCUGCUUGGGUUGCCACGAAAAUAUUUUAAACAUGUUUCAAAAAAUUAUAAAUUAUUUGAAGGAAUGUCAAAUAAUAAAUCAAAUGCGAUCAACAUAUAAAUAUUGAGUGCAAAAAAGAGGAAAUGUGAAUCGUGCAAAUAGAAAGUUCAGUGCAUUUGGUUUCUUUAGUAAAUGAGAUAUGUAUUCCAAUGAACAAUUUUCAGACUCGUAAAAUAUAGCUCAAGUAUUCUUUGAAAGUCGGAACAAAACACUUAUGUGGUUUUCAAAGUAAUGAAAUGGCAAACGAGUUCGAUUAAGAAGAAACAUAAAACUUUAAAAAAACAUUUAAACAAAUCUCCACCUUUUCAAUAAUGUAGUAUGUUACCGAAUCGCAAAAUAACUAGUAUAAAUUAAUCUAUCCAAAACAGGAGUUUUUUUUAAUUUGUAACUUAUUCGAGAUGAUCAUUCACGAUUUCCGUAAACAUUAUUGCAAAUCUAUAAGCAAUAGAAGAGCGUGUCCGUUUCUAACGUUACAUUAUUUCCUGAAAAAACUGUAUUAUAUCGUUUCACGAUCUCGAGUUGACAAAAAAAAAGUCUUUGGGUUUGGAACUACUUAGGGGUUCAUACACAAAUUACAGAACGCUGAAAUUAAUAAUUUGCAACCCCCAACAACUCCCUCGUAACGUUUUUUUUUGUAUGGAAGGUUUCUACGUUUUGUAUAGCCGUAACGUUCUGACAAAAACCCUCCACUCCACCCUUCUAAAGCGUUAUGUAAAUAGUGAAUGGGCACAUAUAAAACAUCAUUGUUUUUUAGCCUAAAUAUAAGCCUGUUUGACAAAUACUAUCACCAAUACACUAAGAAUACACCAUGUACACAAUCAGCAAUUCGCGACUACGAAGGUAAAUUCUUCACGCACAGCCUGACAGUUUCUUGUGGGAUUUUACUGUGGAAGGACAAGAAGGGGUGAUUGGCGGCCAUGUUUCACGCACAGUCUGACAGAUAGCAAUGAGAUUAUGCCAUAAGAGUGAGAAGAGGUAUUCCCUUCGUAUUCGCGAAUAUUUCCAGAAAUCAUGACAUUGAAUGUCUAAUAGAAAAGAGCAGUGCAUAACAUCGAUGCUACUGUCACCCCAAGAAAUCAGAUGUUUCGCUAGCUUACAAGCAAUCCGCAAUGAGAUUUAGAACACCUAAUUUUAUUUAUAAAUUUCAUCUAUUCAGUAAUUUUUUAUCACUGAAGUGUUAACAAUGAUGAUAUAAACAUGAUAAAUAGAACAUAUCAAUAGAUCAUUAAUGCUAGUGGGAAUGUAUUACAAAUGUAAAGAAAAAGUUUAGAGAUCUUUCUAAACUCUACAAACAUAUAAUAAUAAAUUAUUGAUUUUCACAUAAUGGUGUGGUAAGGGGGGAAAUGUAUGAUUGGCUUUAGUGUCAUUUGAAGUUUUUUACUUCUCAAGGUGGUUAAAUUCUUUUGAAAAUUAAGAUAUUAUAUUAUGGUGAAAAACUUCGGAACUGGAAGAUAUUAAAGAUGCAAUAAACGGAAUAAUUUUGUGAUAAA